GAACAAAUCCUUUUGCUAGCUGCUCACGGCACACACACAGAUAGACGUGUGCAUCGCAUUGCAUGCAAGGCCACACACCACAAGACGCAUGAACGCAUGCUAGGUGCUAGCUUAGCCUGCUUCUGCUACACCGAUCAAUCAAACUCUUGAGACACCAUCACACACACCAGGCCGCCGGCGGCGGCGAAGGGAUUUAUCCAUGGCGGAGCUCGCAACGGGUGCCGUGAGCACCCUGCUGGGUGUGAUCGGCCAAGAGGCGCUGAGGCUCGGCCGUGUUCGGCACGACGUGCAGUUCAUCCAGGAGGAGAUGGAGAGCAUGGGCAGCUUCCUGGCAAACCUCUCUGCAAACAGCCGCGAGCACGACGAGCAGGUCCGCACCUGGAUGAACCAGGUCCGGAUCCUCGCCAAUGACUGCAACAACUGCAUCGACCUCUACCUCUACCGCGGGAACCCCGCGCUCCACCGGCCCAAGGAAGGUCCCGCCCGUUGCCUCUGGUGGACUUCCUGGCUGCCACGGAAGCUGCUCGCGCAACACCGCGCGGCCGGCCAGCUGAGGGAGCUCAAGGACCGCGCAUUGGACAUCAGCAACCGCCGAAGGAGGUAUGGCGUCGAGGUCAAAACAGAGUCAUCAUCUUCGAGGGCUGGGCAGCUCUGGGAGCCAUUGUUCUUGUCGGCCACACAAGACCAUGAAGAAGAAGAAGAAGACUACUACCAACAUGCUGGUGAUCCACUCAAGGUGGCCUUAUCCAUGACCAGCAUGAGGAUGGACAAGGAAGCCUACUUUCGAGAAAGGCUAGAUGACUGGAUGGGAUCGGUGGUGAGUUCGGAGGUGAAGGGAGACAUAGAGCCGAAUGCGACAGGAUCAACAAAACUGGCGGCCGAAUCAAAACCAUUACUACCAUGCAUCGCCUUUGAGGUAACGAAGGCCGAGGACACCGACCGUCUUGCGCUUAAAGUCCUGGGGGUGGUAGAAGACUAUUUCAAGAGGGCAAAAGACGUCCAAGAUAAGGUAGCUGUGCUACCAGAGAACAAGGACGCUGGGAACAUCAUCGUCUUCGUCGAUGUCCCAACGGUGCACUACGAUAGUGUACCACUACAACCCCACAAGAUCCUGUGCUACAUCCUCGCUGAGCUCGAGUGGCCGAAAGGCACUCCCAGAUCAAGAUGGCUUACUUACACAUACACAAGGGAAAAGAUUCGUGAAAUCAAGGACAUGAUAAGAGGAGUGGAUGUCAACGCAAUACACAAUCUUGGGGAUUCGGACCAGUUGAAAAAUGAAGAAAUCGGCUUGGGCCAACUCCUCCGGCUGCUCAUCUACCACUCAACUAGUGCUGCUGUAUCUGAAAAAGACAAAAAGAUUAAAUCCGGAGUAGCAAUAUUGUACAAUGUCAUCAUAAAAAAAACAGCCAGGAAACUCAAAUGGAAAAUAGAAAAAGGCGACUCAAGCCCAGAGCUGCCUGAGCCUGAAUAUGAAGACAUAUUGAAGACGGUGUUUCCAAAGUCGACCAGCAUCACCACCACUGCUGCCGCCAAUAGUCCCAGUGGCACAUCGGUCGACGAAGAAAUCGAAGAAACAGUUGAAGGGGUUAAAGAGAUGAUAAAUGAGCUCCAGAAAUUAGACAAAUCUGACAAGAACCCAGAAGCUGAUAUUAACAAAACCACAGAGAAGAAGAAAGAAAUCGUAAAGAAGAUUAGGAACCGUCUCAAGAUCAAAAUGAUGGUGCAAAAGAUUAAAGAAUGUCUGAGAGAUGAUCAAAAGAUCCUGGUAAUCCUCAAAUUAGUUUAUGACAAGUAUGUAUGCCAAUGGGAGGAGACCAGAAACAGUUUGAGCCUAUUGGAGUGCCCCAUCACUGGUGCUGUGAUUGUGGCCACAAAGACCGCUCAACGGGACAAGAAGCAGCAAGCAUUUCAAGGUCCAGAGCUGGAUCGUAUGGAAUAUUCUCUUGCUGGCCUCUACCUUGAUACUGUGCUCAGAAAAAUAGGCCAGCAUAUGGAUAGUGAAGAAACCUGCCAGAUUCUUCGCGACAUCUUGUGCAGGUGCGAGUCACAAGAAUUCUGUAUGAAGCUCUUUGCUCAUGCAUUGUAUACCAAACCCAAGAGGAGCAGUGAAGAGCUGAGCAAGUUGCACAGAACCUUGUGUGACCGUGUCACACAAAAAUCAUUGCCCAGUAGGAUGUUCAAGUUCUCCUACAUGGAGCUACCUAAAGAGUACAGAUUCUGUUUGUUGUACCUUGCUAUCUUCCCUCAAGGACGUGCCAUGAGACGGUCAACCUUGAUAGGACGAUGGGUUGCAGAAGGGCUGAUAACCACCAAAGACUCACGCCGGUCCUCUUCAGUGGAUGAAGCCGAGAAAUGUUUUGAUACACUGGUCGCACGGUGCCUUGUUUGUCCUGCCGGCAUUGGUGCUGCUGGAAGGGUCAAGAGCUGCAUGGUGGAUGAGCUAGUUUAUGGAUUCAUUACCACGGUCGCCAUCAAGGAGCGCAUUCUGGAGACAUGGCUGUCACAUCACUUGGCUCGUCACUUCUCCAUAUUCAACGAUGUCCGCCUCCGCAGCUCAGACACAAUAGAGGAUUUCUUUAAAAAGUCAUCUCAGUUCUACAAGCUCAAGGUGCUAGAUCUAGAAGGCUGUGAAUGCUUCCCAGAGUACCAGUACUACCUGAAUGACAUAUGCAGGAACAUAGUAAUGCUAAAGUAUCUCGGCCUGAGGGGAACAGGCAUUACCAGGCUGCCCAGUGAAAUCAACAAUCUUCUUGAGCUGGAGGUAUUGGAUAUCCGGGAUACCAAGAUCCCUAUGUCUGCCACAAGAAAUAUCCUGCUCCGAAAGCUGAAACGACUGUUGGCUGGUCGAAAGCUGAAGGGUCUGAUAGCUAGUCACGUUGACUCAAUUCAAAGCAGUUCUGAUGACAAGACCAAAAAAGUGGAGCUUGUGGAGGUACUGUGCAAUGGCAAGCUUCAGAAUGGUCUGAAGCGUCUGUUGGACGGUCAUGUUGAUUCAAGUCCUGCUGAUUACUCCAGUGUGCAGAUCCCUGAGAAGAUCGAAAAAAUGCUGGGUGUGGAAGUAUUGUCCAAUGUCAAGCCCAAGAAUCAACAAGACUUGGUAAGCAUUGCAACUCUAAAUGACCUGAAGAAGCUCGGUGUGGUUAUCAACAAGGAGAGUGACCUCCAGCCGUUGCUUAAUGCAAUCAGUGAGCUCCUAAACAAGUCCCUCCGCUUUCUGUCAAUUACUCUUGACAUAACCAUAUACAAGGACUCUCCCUCAAAGCUGAGUCUGGUAAACAGCCCCAAGGAUCUUGAGAGCCUAACUAUCAAUGGAAGCAAAACGUGCCCCGAGGAUAUCAAAAGCACUAGCACACAAAUGUGGAAGCUUCUUGAAUCAUUGACUGAAAAUGGAAAGCAACUUGCCAAGAUAACUCUAAGUCGCACUUUUUUGAGCCAGGAAAAUCUGAAGGUCCUUGCCAAGCUUGAGAACUUACGUUGUGUCAAGCUUCGACACAGUGCGUACAAUGAGAGCAAGCUCACUUUCAAUAAGGGAGAAUUCAAAAAUCUCAACAAAUUUCUUGUUGAGGGAAACAACAUGGCUGAAAUCACAUUUGAUAAUGGAGCAGCUAGUAACCUCGAGAAGAUCGUUUUGUCCUUCACCAGCAUAGUCUCUAUCAGUGGAGUCAACUGCCUUCAAAAACUGGAGGAGCUCGAGCUGAAGGGCAUCAAUAACAUGGAGAUGGUGCAUUCAUUAUUUGACAAUGCCAAACACAUAACCAAGGUGACUCUUCGUGAUACAAUGCUGGAGCAAGGUGAUCUGAAAAUCCUUGCUAGCAAUAAGAAGAUGCGCUCCCUAGUGCUCCUGUGGAAGUUUUAUAAUGGCAGUCAUCUUAUCUUCGAAGAUGAAUUCCAAAAGCUCAACCUUCUUAUUGUUGACUCCUCUGAGUCUGACAUAACCAAGAUAAGCUUUACCAACAGGUCUCCUAAUCUUGAGAAGAUCGUCUGGUCAUUCAAGGGAAUUGUUUCUCUGUCCGGAAUCGACAAGCUUCCUGCAUUAAAGGAGCUGGAGUUGAAAGGUGGUGACAGUGUCCCUAAUAAGUUGAAAGAAGACAUUAAAAAACAAAAGAUUAGGCUUGACUAUAAACCCAGGGAUAGGAUUCAGGACAAUGCGACGCCAACAGCUUCCUUGUCAGGUAGAUCAAAAGCAGAGUAUAAGAAGCAAGGAAGUUCUCCUCUGCAACAGGCAUUUGAUCAAACACCUGACCUGGUGCGCAUUGUCUCGUCGUCGGCCUACUCCACCUGGCUGCGUUCCAUCCCAAAUCGAACUGUGAACGUCUCCAUGGGUCGAUGCCUCCAUCCAUGCGAGAGAUGGUAUGAGUUAUCCUUGCCAAAUGGAGGGCAGACCCAGGCGCUGGCAAUGUCUCGAGCACCUGGUGAGCGUGACCAGAUACAGCUAGAGGCAGAGGAAUCCGUCCUCGCGUUCUUCAGCAGAACCAUUGUUAGCUUCGCCAGCGCGCGAUCGAGUCUUUUCUCAUCGGUUUUCGUGAUGAAUGAACUUGGGGGCAAGCCCCUGCAUCUGCAUUGGAAAAAGAAUAAAAUGCGCUCGAGCCUGGGACUUGCCUUAGGAAGGAAGGAUGAGCGCCAAAGCUCGGCAGAUGCAGAUCAGCUCGCCGCUUGACAGACGCGCCACCGCUGAAACGGGAGGGCAGGGCAGCGAGCAGGGAGGGGUUCGCCUAAUUCGCCGACGGCAAACGCCUUUGCACCGUCUACCGUCGCUGGUUCGCCACCAACGCCGUUGUUCAUAGGACGGCCAGCU